AGGGCUGCCCGAGUGGAAAUGACGUCAGAGAGGCGCGCCUCCUCUCGCUUGACGGUUGAAAAUCGGAGAAAGUCAAAAUUACAUCGACGCAGGAGCGACUCUUAACACACACAGCCAUGUCGGACUUCACUGACUCUUUGACUGACGUGUCCAGCGACAGCUUCUGGGAGGUGGGAAACUACAAGCGCACCGUGAAGCGAGUGGACGAUGGCAACAGGCUGUGCAAUGACCUGAUGAACUGCAUUCACGAGCGAGCGCGAAUCGAGAAAGCUUACGCUCAGCAGCUGACCGAAUGGGCUAAACGCUGGAGACAACUCAUCGAGAAAGGGCCUCAAUACGGGACGGUGGAGCGAGCGUGGUGCGCCCUCAUGACCGAAGCAGAGAAAGUCAGCGACCUGCAUGUGGAAGUCAAAGCUGCUCUGAUGGGCGAGGACUUUGAGAAAGUGAAGAACUGGCAGAAGGACGCCUACCAUAAGCAGAUGAUAGGCGGCUUCAAAGAGACCAAAGAGGCGGAAGAUGGGUUUCGCAAAGCCCAGAAACCCUGGGCCAAAAAACUCAAAGAGGUGGACGGAUUUAAGAAAGCUUUUCACAAUGCCUGCAAGGAGGAGAAAACUGCCACCAGCCGAGAGAACUCAAGUAAACUUGACAAUAACAACCCAGAGGCUCAGAGGAAACUGCAGGAGAAGGUGGAGAAGUGCCAACAGGAAGUUCACAAGACUAAAGAGCGUUACGAGAAGUCUCUGGAGGAGCUGGAUAAGGUCACUCCUCAGUACAUGGAGAACAUGGAGCUGGUGUUUGAACAGUGGCAGCAGUUUGAAGACAACAGACUGUCCUUCUUCAAAGAGCUGCUGCUCGGCGUCAAACAACACCUCGACCUCUCCAACAAUCACAAGUAUAAGACGGUUUAUCACACGCUAGAAGACACCAUCCAGGGCGCCGACGUUCAGGAGGACCUCAAAUGGUUCCGCUCGAACCGUGGCCCCGAUAUGAGCAUGAACUGGCCUCAGUUUGAGGAAUGGUCCAUGGAUUUAAACCGGACACUCAGUCGACGAGAAACGAAGAGAAAACAGCCUGAUGAAGUGAUGUUGACAGGAAUCACUCAAGCGGGUGAUCACGUCUCCAAAACCAGCAGCAGUUUGACUGUGCCCAGUAGCACAGAGCCGCAGUGUUUAAACCCGUUUGAUGAUGAUGAUGAUGGCGACGAGGAGGAAGAAGAAGCAGUUCAGCAGCCCAAGAGCAGCCCGCUUAAUGCCAAAAAAGAGCAAGUCAUUGCCAAAACCGCCAGCACCGUAGAGAAGACUCCUGAUUGGUCGGAUGAGGAAACCGGGAAUCCGUUUGCCAGCUCGAAUGCCAACGGCAACCCGUUUGACGAUGAGCCGUCCUGUCCCGGCGAAGUGUCCGUGCCCGUCCGGGCGCUGUACGAUUAUGACGGACAGGAGCAGGAUGAGCUGAGCUUUAAAGCAGGAGAAGAAUUCAUCAAGAUGGCUUUGGAGGACGAGCAGGGCUGGUGUAAAGGACGCCUGACAGACGGAACCCUCGGACUCUAUCCAGCCAAUUACGUGGAGGACGUUUAGCCAGCGAGAGGCCAGAUUGUUACUGUUUGCCAACCUUAAGCUCAUGUGCUCGUCCGGGAUGGGUUGACCUCUGUUACAGGCCUCGGAUCAGCACCACAGGCAUUAGUCCUGACAUUAGUAGCUGUUGUAAAUCCUAAAUAGUUCACAAGGUCGGUUAAUCGGCAACACUUUAUUCAAAUAAUAUAACGCUUCUGUUACGAUUGGAGCAACUUACAAACACGUGUAAAGUGCCAGUCAUUGUAAACUGUUCUGUUCAUGAUAAUAUUUCAUUUCACAUAAAGCGUGAUUAAAGCCUGCGCUCGGAUUGGAGGGCGACCCGCUGCUCUGUGAAACAUUUACGGCUGGAUCUUUUUAAAUGUGUUUUUAGAAAACUGGUUUUAGAAAUGUCGCUGUAAAAGCAGACGGACCUCAUCAAUGGAAUUGAUUUCAUAUGCUGUAAGACUGAAUAGAUGCUGAUCCACACUUCUGUAUAACGCCAAACUCUUUCUCCCGCUCAGAAGCCUUCCUCUGGUUUAAUGACACGUUCGGACUGUCUUGUUUUCAUUUGUUCUUCGUUGUUGACGUCUCGUUUAGGAAGAAAGUUUCUGACGUUCAGCUCUUCGUCUGCACUGAACAGCUGGCUGUAGUUUAAUGUCAGAAGGACACGUGAUGAAUGUUUUGGGGAAAGGUGCACAUGUAUGUUCAGCGUGUAAAGGACACAUUCAACGUAUCUAACGCCUUCAUGGGAUCAAAUGAAUUUUAGUUUUAAUAUCGAAGACUCUUUUUCUAUAUGCCACAAGUGCUUUGACAUGUAUCCCCGUGCACAUAUGCUGUGAUUCACAAUGAGAAUUGAUAGAUUGAUUGAAUGUUACAAAUUCAUUGUUUUCUGUUUGUAUAUAUAAGAUGUAUAACCCAUCCAGCGCCUCGGGUGGCUCAUACAGUAAAGAGAGGUGAUGUGUGCUGUUCACGCCGUGUUCUGGGCAGAGCUGUAUAAAACUGAGAGAUGCGAUAUGAAUGAAUGAAUGAAUUGAAGAUUGAUGUACAGGUGAUGUGUUUGGUUUGUUACGUCACAUCGCAAAACUCGUCUUCGUAUAUUGUCAAGCUGGCAACGAAUAAAUGAA